AUGAAUAGGAAGAAAGGAGACAAAGGAUUUGAGAGCCCAAGACCAUAUAAAUUAACUCACCAGGUAGUUUGUAUCAACAACAUAAGUUUUCAGAGAAAGUCUGUUGUUGGCUAUGUGGAACUGACAAUAUUUCCCACAGUUGCAAACCUGAACAGAAUCAAGCUGAACAGUAAACAGUGCCGGAUUUACAGAGUAAGAGUCAACGAUUUAGAAGCAGCUUUCAUCUAUAACGACCCAACGCUGGAAGUUUGUCACAAUGAGUCGAAGCAGAGGAAUCUCAACUAUUUUUCCAAUGCCUAUGCUGCCGCAGUCAGUGCUGUGGACCCAGAUGCUGGAAAUGGAGAGCUCUGCAUUAAAGUUCCCUCAGAGUUGUGGAAACAUGUUGAUGAGCUCAAAGUCCUGAAGGUGCAUAUAAACUUUUCUCUGGACCAGCCAGAAGGUGGCCUUCAUUUUGUGGUACCUAACAUGGAGGGCAACAUGGCAGAAAGAGGGGCUCAUGUCUUUUCUUGUGGUUAUCAAAAUUCUACACGAUUUUGGUUUCCUUGUGUUGAUUCAUAUUCUGAGUUGUGCACCUGGAAGCUUGAGUACACUGUAGAUGCUGCAAUGGUGGCUGUUUCAAACGGAGAUUUGGUGGAAACGGUAUAUACCCACGAUAUGAGAAAGAAGACUUUUCAUUACAUGCUGACUAUUCCAACUGCAGCUUCCAACAUCUCCUUGGCGAUUGGACCUUUUGAAAUCCUUGUUGAUCCUUACAUGCAUGAGGUGACUCACUUUUGCUUACCACAACUUCUCCCAUUGCUCAAACAUACCACGUCAUACCUUCAUGAGGUGUUUGAAUUUUAUGAGGAGAUUCUCACCUGCCGCUAUCCAUACUCCUGUUUCAAGACUGUUUUUAUAGAUGAAGCUUAUGUUGAAGUAGCUGCUUAUGCAUCCAUGAGUAUUUUCAGCACAAAUCUGUUACACAGCGCAAUGAUUAUAGAUGAAACUCCACUGACAAGGAGGUGCUUAGCACAGGCCCUGGCCCAGCAGUUCUUUGGAUGUUUUAUAUCCAGAAUGUCCUGGUCAGAUGAAUGGGUACUAAAGGGAAUCUCUGGUUAUAUUUAUGGCCUUUGGAUGAAAAAAACCUUUGGCGUUAAUGAGUAUCGCCACUGGAUUAAACAGGAGUUAGAUCAAAUAGUGGCAUAUGAACUGAAGACUGGUGGAGUUUUACUGCAUCCAAUAUUCGGAGGAGGAAAAGAGAAAGACAACCCUGCAUCACAUUUACAUUUUUCUAUCAAACACCCUCAUACACUGUCCUGGGAAUAUUACACUAUGUUCCAGUGUAAAGCACAUCUUGUUAUGAGACUAAUUGAGAACAGGAUUAGCAUGGAGUUCAUGUUACAGGUUUUCAACAAGUUGUUGAGUCUGGCCAGCACUGCUUCAUCUCAGAAGUUCCAGUCGCACAUGUGGAGUCAGAUGUUGGUUUCCACAUCUGGGUUUUUGAAAUCUAUCUCAAAUGUCUCUGGCAAAGACAUCCAACCUUUAAUAAAGCAGUGGGUGGAUCAGAGUGGAGUGGUAAAGUUUUAUGGUAGCUUUGCAUUUAAUAGAAAACGAAAUGUGUUGGAAUUGGAAAUAAAACAAGACUACACAUCUCCUGGGACUCAGAAAUAUGUGGGUCCUCUUAAAGUGACAGUGCAAGAACUUGAUGGAUCAUUCAACCAUACAUUGCAAAUUGAAGAAAACAGUCUUAAACAUGACAUACCUUGCCAUUCUAAAAGCAGAAGAAAUAAGAAGAAAAAGAUUCCACUGAUGAAUGGAGAAGAGGUGGACAUGGACCUUUCUGCUAUGGAUGCUGAUUCCCCUUUGCUCUGGAUAAGAAUAGACCCUGAUAUGUCAGUACUGAGGAAGGUGGAGUUCGAACAAUCUGAUUUCAUGUGGCAGUAUCAGCUCCGAUACGAGAGAGAUGUGGUUGCGCAAGAAGAAGCCAUUCUGGCGCUGGAGAAGUUCCCUACUCCAGCCUCACGGCUUGCCCUGACUGAUAUACUAGAACAGGAACAAUGUUUCUACCGAGUGAGAAUGCUGGCCUGCUUCUGCCUUGCAAAGAUUGCAAAUUCCAUGGUAAGUACAUGGACAGGACCACCAGCCAUGAAAUCACUCUUUACCCGAAUGUUUUGUUGUAAGACUUGUCCAAACAUUGUGAAGACCAACAACUUCAUGAACUUUCAAAGCUACUUUCUGCAAAAGACUAUGCCUGUUGCCAUGGCCCUUCUGAGAGAUGUUCACAAUCUCUGUCCUAAGGAGGUUUUAAUGUUUAUUUUGGAUUUGAUCAAGUAUAAUGAUAACAGGAAGAAUAAGUUUUCAGAUAACUACUAUCGUGCUGAGCUGAUUGAUGCCCUAGCCAACUCUGUAACUCCUGCAGUCAGUGUGAACAAUGAAGUUCGAACAUUGGAUAACUUAAAUCCUGAUGUUCGACUUAUUCUUGAGGAAAUUACCCGUUUCCUAAAUAUGGAGAAGCUUCUUCCCAGUUACAGGCAUACCAUUACAGUCAGCUGUUUAAAAGCUAUUCGAGUGCUUCAGAAGAAUGGUCACGUCCCAAGCGAUCCUGCUCUCUUCAAGUCAUAUGCAGAAUAUGGGCAUUUCAUAGAUAUCCGAAUAGCAGCUUUGGAGGCUGUCGUUGAUUACACAAAAGUUGAUAGGAGCUACGAAGAACUACAGUGGCUGCUUACUAUGGUUCAGAAUGAUCCUGUACCCUACAUAAGGCAUAAGAUUCUGGAUAUGCUGACUAAGAAUCCACCUUUUACCAAGAACAUGGAGUCCCCUUUAUGUAACGAAGCUUUGGUAGAUCAGCUUUGGAAACUGAUGAAUUCAGGAACUUCACACGACUGGAGAUUACGUUGUGGUGCUGUGGACCUCUAUUUCACACUUUUUGGCCUCAGCAGACCUUCUUGUUUACCAUUGCCAGAGCUUGGACUUGUUCUUAAUCUGAAAGAAAAGAAGGCUGUUCUUAAUCCAACAAUUAUCCCUGAAUCGAUUGCAAAUAAUCCAGAACCUGUGAAUAGUACUAACAAUCACGGACAGUCGGUGGGAUUUCAGAACACCUUCUCAAACUCUCAAGAGGAGGAGGAAAUUGAUAUGGACACAGUUCAUGACAGUCAAGCCUUUAUUUAUCAUCAUUUGAAUAUGUUGGAGAGACCAUCCACACCAGGUAAAGAGCAAUCUUCGGGAGAGAUGAGCAUGCACCCUGUCUCAGCAGCUCCACUCUCUGUGUUUAGUAAAGAAUCAAACUCUUCAAAACAUAGCGAUCACCAUCACCACCAUCACCAUGAGCACAAGAAGAAGAAGAAGAAACACAAGCACAAGCAUAAGCAUAAACAUAAACAUGAUAAUAAAGAAAAGGAAAAGGAUCCCUUUGCUUUCUCUAACAGUCCAGCCAGUGCACGAUCCAUUCGUUCGCCGUCACUUUCAGACUGAGGUCGAUGGCUUCUCUGGAGUUCAACUUGCAAUAUUCUCCGAAUACGUAGAAGGAGAUGUACAGCUAUAGCUUCUGUCUUUUUUAAUGGAAGUAAGAAUAUGUGAAUUGCCUUAGCAAUUCAGAAGCUCUGCCACCAUCCUCGUUUGAAGCCUUCUAUUUGCAUAUGCCGUGUUGAAAUAAUCUGAUUAAAAAAAUAUGUUUUAUGAUUCUGAGUCAUUUUGUAUUUCACUGUUCUCCACACCUCCCACUCUUUUUUUCCAUUUUAAACAAAGAAAACAGCCCUUUAUGUAAGGGCCCCAUGUCCACUGGCAACCCCCCGCGCAUCAUGCUGACCAUGUGUACUGCCAGAGUCAAUUAUGUUUUCAGCCUUUGAAGAAUGUUAUGAGGCAGAGUAUGUUUUAAGCAGAAGCCAGUUGCCAGACCUUUGCUGAAGUGCUUUUUCCAGAGCAGUAUUGUAUAAC